AUGUGCUUACGGCCUGCGACCCCCGGCUUCCUCAUAACUGUUGCAGCAACUGUCUGUCUCGUCGUUGUCUCCUUCUCCGUCCCGUGGUUCAAGACGGUCUACUUCCUCAAAGUUAGCCUCGUUGCGGAGAAUGUCAGCGGUGACGUGACGUUUGGGACACUCGGCUAUUGCUUGGAUCUUCCAGGCAACAGCACCUGUUCCUCGCCGAAGGUUGGGUACCAAUUCGGUCUCAACCAACUUUUGGGUCUCACCGGGCCGAUUCAGAUUCCAAGCCUGUUUGUUACCUGGCUGACGUAUCCUCUCGUUCUCCACAUAGUGGGCCUUAUUCUUGCCGCCAUAUCAGCAGUCUUUGGCCUCCUGGCGCACGUGAGAGAGAUGUCAAUGACAUGCUUCUCUACAUGCUUUUCUGGCUUUGCAGCAACCAUUGUGCUUAUUGCGUUUAUCUUCGAUCUUGUUAUCUUCUUCUUGGCUCGCUCACGGCUCAACAGCGUGUCUGGCGGCGCUGCGUCCAUCGGCAAUGCAAUGUGGUUAACCCUUGCUGCUUGGCUGCUCUUGUUCUUUGCCGGGUGUGCUUUCGGUUUUGGGCGCUGCUGCAUAUCCCGGCGAUCUCCCUCAAGUUCAAAGUAUGGACAGGAUCCAGACCAGUCGUACAGCCAGGCCAUGCGUCUCGAUGCUAUCAAAGCGGAAUCCGAUCGGACUGCGCGACAACAAACAGAAGUCGGUCUUCCGGCAUUCCCCGCGGUUCAGGAUGUGGAGACUCGGCCCCUUGCUGCGGUGAAGCAAGAGCCCGAGUACAUGUACAUGAAGGAAGAAGACGCUGAGACAUCUACCUCGCACGAUCGAUAUCGUGAUCGUACACCUUCCCCUGGGCGUUACCAGAGCACAUCAGAUUUGGCAGCUGGAACCCCAUUACAAUCUCAAAACGCACCUUACCAGCCGAUAUUCCGACCCUUGGGCUCCGCAAAUUCCCAGUCGUAUGCCCCUCUCGGUGCCCAAACCUCCGAGGAAAUGAUAUACGUGGCCGGGAGGCCAAGAUCUCCAUCUGACAGGGAUGGACAGAACUUUUACUCUGGCCACUCCUCCCAGGGUAUGUCUCUCCAUUCGUGA